CGUUCGGACUUAGAUAGAAGGUAGCUGAAUUUGAUUUUACGUUUUCCAAAUCUACAAUGUCCCACAAUCACUCGCACGGUGGCGGUGGUGCCUGUGCCCACGAGGCGCUCGGAAUCGAGGACGAGCUGGAAAUGGGAAUACAGUACAGUUUGUACGAGAAAAUCGACAUGCUCAACGUCGAGUGCCUCAACGAAGAAACGGAAGGAUCCGGCAGGACGGUUUUCAAACCGUACAAUCAACGGUUGGAUUUCGAUCGGUUCGUUACGAGCGAUGCGGACGAAGAGUUGCUUUUCAACAUUCCCUUCACGGGAAACGUAAAGCUGAAAGGAAUCAUCGUCAUCGGGGCGAAUGAUGAUAGUCAUCCCAGGAAAAUGAAACUGUUCAAAAACAGACCUAAGAUGACCUUCGACGAUGCCGGUGCAUCCGCUGAUCAGGAAUUUGAGUUGGAGAGGGAUUCUAAUGGUGUCAUUGAAUAUUCUACCAAAGUUGUCACAUUUUCAUCAGUACAUCACCUAUCGAUUUAUUUCCCUACCAACUACGGAGAUUCCAACACCACGGUGUACUACAUCGGAUUGAAGGGAGAAUUCAGCGAAGCCCAUCAUCACGGUGUAACGAUCUGUACCUACGAGUCACGGCCAAAUGUGGCGGAUCACAAGCACGACCUGUUCGACUCGGUCAAUCACCAGGUGCAGUAGUGAGAGUUGUUUGUAAUUGAUUCCUUGUUUGUUUAUUCCCGUGUGGUAAAGUUGCAAGUAUUUAUAUUAUUUCGAUGUAUGUAAUUUGCGCGUUAUUUUUGAUAUAAA